AUGGCAAAUACCAACCGACAAGGACAGGACAGCAGUCGCCUUGCGCCACCCCCUGUCCCUCGCAAGGACACCCAUCCCCUCCCAGGCAGCAACCCGAGUCGUAGCCGCGACACCACCAGGGUCAUCAAAGCUCCGACCCAAGCCAGUAGGUUCCAGCCUAAAGUCCAGCCAAGUUCUAACACUAGGGGUCACGACGCCACCAGUUUCCGGUCUCGGGUCAACGCCGACAAGGCACGAAUAGAGCCUCAAGACCUUGAACGACUGGACCGCGCAAUUGGCAGCGCCAGAGGGCGAGGCACCACCUCGUCCAGCCUUCCGACCGCAUCCUCAAGCCGCGCCAGAGAAACAACCGCCCGGACUAACACAUCCAGGACGGCCACGACGGCCCCUUUGCUCGAGCGGCGAGGCGCGAUCCGCCGUCCUGGGCGUGGCGGUCCCGCGACUGCUCCUACGCGUGGCGGGCCUGCGAACGAGCAUACGCGAGUGAGACCAGGUCUCGUGCCGCAGCCUAUUGUGCCGCAGCCUCUCAGGAGCUGGCCGAGUCUUCCUAGUGAUCACUCUGACUCGCUGGAGGCGAUGGCCCGCUCGCGCCGCCCGCAGUACUACCCGGAGUACGAAGCACCGUCCAAAGCCGCGAUGCCGCCGACGAAAGAGGAAAGCAAAGCGGGCCGGCCAGCUAACGCCCGCCCAAGGAAGAGCUCCGUGCCGUCGACGAGUGGGCAGCCUCCUGUGCCCCCUGAGGACACACCCGGAAAGAACAGCUUGCGUCGGACCGCCACGAAGUUCGAGAAGGGUCCCACGGCCUCUAGGAACACCGCCGGGGAGAUCUCCGCACGCCGGACGACGAAUGUGAAGCCUCCCGUGGCGCUCAAAGACCGGCCUCUUCACCCGCGAUCUUCCGCCUCGGGGCCGGCUCUCACGCAUACGAAUGCACCCGCUCCGACGCCAAGGCAGGUGAGAGCCCAGACCGGCUGGAUGCCGUCAAGCUCAUCAAGCCGUCCCGCACAGGCCGAUCAACCGGCCGCCAGACCAUCCGUCCCCACGCGCACGCGCCAGGGGCGUCCGCAGCCGGAGGAAGCUCAGCGGCCCACCGUCGCCGCCCAUAAGAUCCCAACGCACUUCGGGCCCAUCGCGGCCGACGACCCGUUCGUCAACCGCCCGGACCCCCGAAAGCUGCGUGGAGUGACCAUGCCCGUGAGUCGCCCUCCCCUAACCAACUUCGACCAGUUCCACGGUCUAAAGCCCGAGCUUCACCAUGCGAAGACUACCUCCGGUGUGUCGCGGAAACCUCCUCCAUCACCGGGCGCUGUCUCCAGGAGCUCACGCCGCAGCCUGAGUUCCCUCACGAAUGCUGUAAAGAACAUCAGCCGAGCCUUGUCAUUCAAGCCCAAGCCCAAGCGGGUUGUGCCCCUGCUGACGCCCCGCGGGCCUUUGACCAAUGUCGUGGUCAUGUCAAGGGAUCGUAAGUACUUCACGCGGGAGGUACCCUCCAGGCAUAAGGUGAAGGACAUUGGGAAGGCCGUUCUGGAGUACCUGAGGACGCCGUGCGAGCAGAGGUGGGACGACACAGAGGAGUACACGUUCUCGCGGCAUUCUCCCCGCAGCAUGAGCGUGCGCAACCGGGGCGAGACGAUGCCGGCGACGCCCGAGGAGCGCGUGCUCUACUGGAGCCUGGGUGAGGCACGGUGGCGCGUAAAGAAGCACUGCACUCUCGAGUCAGACUUUGUGCACCACUGGGAGCAGUGGGUCGCGGAGCAGAGACCCGAAAUUCAGGCCAUCCUCCGCGAGGAGCCGGAGGAGAACUUAUCCGUGGAAGACUUUGCCUACCCCAGCUUCUGGCGGUACCAGUACUUCGAGCGUCUGGAAUGUCAUCGAGUGAUGGUGAAGAUGCAGGAGCUUGCCGAGGACUACAUUAAACGGUAUCCUGACGAAUUCCCGGGGUUCAAGAAGGUGAGACCCGUAAUACACGAGUGA